AUGAAGCCAUGGAAUUUGCUUUCAUCCUUAAUCAUUCCAAGCGCUUCGCUGGAAGGUCAAAUGUCCGAUUCUGGCAUUACCAAUCAGUUGACACUCGAGAGAGAGCUGCCUGGUAUCUGCGACCGACUCUUUCAAGAGAUCGGGUCACAGCAAUCGGAAUGGACCUAUCAAAAAUGUCUUGCCAUUGACUUACUGCAAGCCGGGGUAGACGAGGUUCACACGGAAGUCAAGCUACCAUUGACCUACAAGGGUCAUGUGGUUGGUAAUAGGCGAACUGACAUGAUCCUUGAGUUGGCCUCAGGUGAAAAGGCGAUUAUCGAACUCAAGGCUUUAGAACAAAUUCGGCUCCUGCAUCGAGUACAGUUGGAGUAUUACAUGUAUUAUGCCAACAUUCCGGAAGGUUAUCUUGUCAAUUUUCCACAUGACGACGGCUUGCCGAGUGUUACCGACAGAUGCGAAUUUGACUAUCAAGUCCUGGCUGGUGGUAGCAUUGUUGAACACCUAGUGAACCCUCGUUCCAAAUUGUACCUUCGGAAUACGCCGGACAAGCGAGAGGUCGAAGUGAUUCACAUUUACCGCAAGGAUCUUUUGAUAGACACAGGAGGCAACGACGACACGAUUUUUCCCGGCUCACCCUCACUUAGCCAGCUACUUCUUGAGGGUUCAGGCGGGCCUAUGGAAACAGAAUCUAUGGAUUAA